AUGAAUCUUGAAAAUAAGGAACUGCUAGCGACAAAGAUGAAAGAAGUGAAUGCCAUUAAUCUGCAGCAAAUCAAGAGUAUGCAAAACGCAAUCGACUCAAUGAGACCAUCAUCAGACUCAGUCGUGAGAACCUUAGCUGGAAUCAUAAAAGAGCAAAGCAAUAUCAUAGCUGGACUAAGUCUGACUAUAGACGCAAUUCUCUCCAAUCAGCAAGAACAUGACAAGCAAUUACGGAAAGCUUUAUAUCAUAUAGCGAAAGGCAACGAAGUUACUUUACCAGCAGAACAUGUAUUUGAGCGAAAGAAUUUCACGAAGUCGUGGAAAUUCAACGGAUUUCCUCCAUUCAAGAAUGCUAACAUGAUCGAGUUAUUCGAGAACUGGACGCAGCCAUCAAGGGGCACACAAAAAUGA